CUUUGUGUUUUCUCUGGCGUCCACACAGUUACUAAAAUAUUUAAUAUUCUAAUUGUUAUAGUCUUCCGGUAACCAAGAUAUAAUCUUUACUUUUCUGGUUCUGCCUCAUAAUUUAGAGAUGUUUCAAUGUGUAAGACACUACUUACUUAGAGGGAUGACAGGACAAUUAAAAUAAUUACAAGACAUACACUAAGUCCCAGGCACAAUAAAAUGCUUGAAAUAUCAAACAUCAAGCACAAACAGGAAUAUUAGAGUUCUAAGAGAAAAGCAUUUUUCUCUUGUUGUUAUUUCAUGGCUUUGCAAACAUACAAAAAAGGAGAUUAAAAUUUCAUCCCUUGACACUGCUGGGUAUUAUACUGGAGACAAAGAGGAACGGUACCUUUUCCACAGGUACAACACCAAGUCAUUUCGGCUGCACUACCUGGUCCUUCUGAGACUGUCUAUUGUGGCCUUCCAGACCUUACUGGGAUAAUAACAGGUCCACCAGAGCGUUGCGCAGAGGAAGAUGCAGGAAGCCGUCUAUCCUCAUUUCGUGGAAGAGAGCCAAGGAAAGGCAGGUCCAAUACCAGUGCUUAUCCAACAUGAAGGGGUGGAGCAGCAACUUCAGCUUGGAGAGACAACUUCUGCGGUGCCUUCCAAUGUGCCGAGAGCAGUGGACAAAAAGCGGAGGAGAAGAGGGAAAUACAAACUGAGUCGACUUACCGCAAGAGGACAGAGGAGGACCGAGACGGGUGACAGGUGACAGGGGACACGGGACAUUGUUCAUUUGCUGUAAACGGAGUGAACUGUUUUUUACCAAAGUUCACACACUGCCUGCCUAUAUUAAACCCGGUGAUCCAGACAACUCGGAGACAUGUAGGUCCGAAGCGUUUCCGAAGCAGCGGGGAAACAUCUGUAUAUUAUUUCCAAAGCCAUUUAAGAUGUCGAACAGCACCGGAGCUGGACACAGAACGAAAGAGCCAACCAUCCCGUGCAUCAUGUUCAUAUUAGGAGUGGUUGGCAACAUGAUUGCCAUUGUGGUGCUUUGCAAGUCGAGGAAGGAGCAGAAGGAGACCACGUUUUACACCCUGGUCUGCGGACUGGCCAUAACGGACCUCCUGGGCACGCUGCUCGCGAGCCCUGUCACCAUAGCCACGUACAUGAAAGGGUCGUGGCCGGGGGGCGACCCCCUGUGCCAGUACUUCGGGAUCAUCCUGCUCUUCUUCUCCCUGGCCGGACUCGGCAUCAUCUGCGCCAUGUCCGUGGAGAGGUACCUGGCCAUCAACCACGCGUACUUCUACAACCACUACGUGGACCAGAAGCUCGCGGGCUUCACGCUGCUCACCAUUUACGUGGCGAGCGUGUCCUUCUGCGCGCUGCCCGUCAUGGGCCUGGGGCAGGUGAAGAAGCAGCAUCCGCAGACCUGGUGCUUCAUCGACUGGCGGACCAACGUGAGCACGCACGCCGCCUUCUCCUACAUGUACGCGGGGCUCAGCUCGUUCCUCAUCGCGGCCACGGUGGCGUGCAACGCGCUGGUCGGCGGCGCGCUCCUCGGCAUGCACGCGCGCUCCGUGCGUCGGAUGUCGCUCGGGAAGGACCGCGCGGAGGGCGCGAGCCCCCGCGGGAGACGCAGCUUCAGGCGCAUCGCCGCCGCCGAGAUUCAGAUGGUCAUCGUGCUCGUUGCCACGUCCGCGGUGGUGCUCGUCUGCUCGAUCCCCCUCGUGGUGCAGGUGUUUGUCAACCAGCUGUACCGCCCCCAGGUAGAGGAGAGGCUAGAGAAGAACCCUGACCUGCAGGCCAUCCGCAUAGCCUCGCUCAACCCCAUCCUGGACCCCUGGAUCUACAUCCUGCUGCGGAAGACUGUGCUCCUCCGGGUCACGGAGAAGAUCAAGUGGCUGUUCUGCAAGAUCGGCCGGCGUCGUCAGCGGCAGCGCACGUGGGAGGACCCUCUGUCCACAUCCGGCCAGCGCCUGUCAUCCAUUACAUCCAGAAGCUUCCCCUUGCUGGCAUCUGACAGAGGGGGGAAAGAGGUUGACAGCACCUCCCAGGUGUCUCUUUAUCAGCCCGAGAGCAGCCCCAGUUCCCCCAGCAGUUUUACCACAGGCCAGGUGGGAUCUGCUUUCCCCGUGUUUCAGCUGUGAACCGAAGCAAUGGCCACGGACACCAUGGACACCGAUGUCAUGUCCCCAGCACUUUAUACAACAUAUCCGGGUCCUUUAACCUUUAACUAAACUGCUGGGUCCCCAUGUUAUCAAAUAACCCCAGAGCAUUUGAAACUAAAGACACAUCCCUGCUGUGAGUGCAGCAUCUUUACGUACAAGGACAAUGUCCCACAUUCCUUCAGCUUCUCAGGGAUGUGUGCAUGCAGCUGGCUGCCAGGCAGAAGGUCUGGAUCUUGAGAGGAAUGCAACAUUCAGGACUCUGCAACUCAUAUGUGCAAACUUCUUAGACUGUCACACGUAACUGUCACACUUGCAUGUAUGUAGCUUGAAAUCCAUGUAAAAUGUUGACAAGAAUGACUUCCUGGCAGCUCAUGAAUGGUGCAGUCCUUCAGGGUGACACAACCUGAACAUUAAUGGGCUCCUUAUACAUAUUUAAGUGGCUGUGAUCUGCAUUGAAUUGAUUCGUUGAUACCUCCGUGACUGCUGUGCGUAAAAAAGUUUCUUUGGAGCUCUGAAAAAUAGGAUCAAGCCUAUGAAUCACUACUUCUGCCUAGUGUACAUUUCAAGCAUAUUUUAGUGGAAUAGCAGGCAAUAAAACAGUAAAUCCUUUAUUAUGUUCUAAUAUGAAAACGUCGAAGACUUUAUUUGUGUUUGUGUUUGUGUGUGUGGUGAGUGCUUGUGUACAUAUGUACAACAGAAGAUUGUGAAUGUACCUGCCAGGAUGCAAUACAAUAUAUUAAUAUAUUUCGUAU